CAUGUUGCUGCGAGCUUGUUCCGGUAUCAGGGCUGGAUCGUGCGCAUAGGCUGCCAUCGGGCCCAGCUCUCUGCCUCCCCCUCUCCCCCCUUUUGCUGCGUUGACACGCACCUCCUCACGAAAAGCUCCAGCGGUGCCGCUGCUGCUCAUGGAUUUUUACAACCUGAUGAUUCUCUCUCCGCUCGCCUCGUCACGGAAAUAACAAUCGGUGCGCCGUGAAGACCGGACCGACGGGUAUGCGUUGCCCCCACCGCAGUGCAGCAGCAGCACGUAUGAACGACCUUUAUUCGGAUCACGCAACGACACAAGGAAGCGCGACGACGCGGUGUGUCCGCCGUGAGUGUGGAGUUGUGUAGGUUUCCGACGGGCUGCCUUCGACUGCAACGCACCAGCCCCAGUGAGCUCCAUGGGCUAACGUCGGCUAGCCGAUAGCUAGCGCGACACAUUCGUGUACUGGUACCGCUUGCCAUGUGACCUUAUUAUACACAAAGUCUCCGUUCACUUUUUUGAGUCGGCUGUGUUGUUUUUGGAUCGAUCGCCAAGGGAUAACUCUGAUCGUUUUUUUUUUUUUUGGAUCGGAUUGUAAAAUGUCGGGAUCUCGCCGGUGGUUCUAACUUUUGGCCUGAAGUUUGGAGAAGACAGCGGAUUUAAUUUUAGAACUCCCGAGGAGAACCACCGCAACACGACAGCAGAACCCCCACCCCUCUAACCCCCUACCCGCCGCUCCGCAGAACCAGCGUCGUGGUUCGCCCGUCCGGAACCGCGGAUCUGAACGGACCGGACCUCGAACCUUUUCCCCCAACUUUUCCCUCCCCGCUAGCGACCCCAGCUAGCCCGUCACCGCCACCAGAAGCUCCUCGGUCCCCUCUCCGCCCGCUGUAUGCCAAUCAAAACGUGGAUUUAGUUGGGUUUUGGUCAGACCUCGGCCCCAGCCACUUCAGGGUGUUUUUUCCCAGGACCGGGGCUCGUUCUUGGAACAUGGGACGAGUGUCGCUGCUAGCUAGUCGCUAGCUAGCAGGCUAACAGAACUAGCCGCCGAUGUGGGGGUUUCAGACUUGUUGAUUCACUAGCUAUCUGUCGUGAGCUAGCUGGCUAGCACUGGGUCGGUCUGGGAGGGCUCCCACACCACCAGGUUCCUACUUUUAACAAGUUUAUAAAUGCCCAACAGACACUUUUAAAGAGUAUCUCCGGUUUCAUCUCUUCCUUCUCCUGUUUCUACAACUAAAACACAAAGCAGGCUGAGAUGUCUACCAGAAUCCCUUUGGUACAAGUCAUUGAGAACACGGCAGGACAGGACUCCAAGCCGUCCACGGGCCGUCCCAGCAUGCCGCGCUGUCGGAACUCGGUCGCCGCGCCGACGGACGAGCAGCCGCACAUCGGCAACUACCGCCUCCUCAAGACCAUCGGCAAGGGCAACUUCGCCAAGGUCAAGCUGGCACGCCACAUCCUCACGGGCAAAGAGGUGGCCGUCAAGAUCAUUGAUAAGACGCAGCUCAACUCCUCGAGUUUGCAGAAGCUCUUCCGUGAGGUGAGGAUCAUGAAGAUGUUGAAUCACCCAAACAUAGUCAAGCUGUUUGAGGUGAUAGAGACAGAGAAGACCUUGUACCUGGUGAUGGAGUAUGCCAGCGGGGGCGAGGUCUUUGACUACUUGGUGGCCCACGGACGGAUGAAGGAGAAGGAGGCGCGUGCCAAAUUCAGACAGAUUGUGUCUGCAGUGCAGUAUUGUCAUCAGAAGUUCAUAGUACACAGAGAUCUCAAGGCGGAGAACCUCCUCCUGGACGCCGACAUGAACAUCAAGAUCGCCGACUUCGGCUUCAGCAACGAGUUCACCCUGGGCAACAAGCUGGACACCUUCUGCGGCUCCCCGCCCUACGCCGCGCCCGAGCUCUUCCAGGGCAAGAAGUACGACGGGCCCGAGGUGGACGUCUGGAGCCUGGGGGUCAUCCUGUACACACUGGUCAGCGGCUCGCUGCCCUUCGACGGACAGAACCUCAAGGAGCUGCGGGAGCGUGUGUUGCGUGGGAAGUACAGGAUCCCGUUUUAUAUGUCGACCGACUGCGAGAACUUGCUGAAGAAGUUCCUCAUCCUCAACCCCUCCAAGAGAGGAAGCCUGGAGCAGAUCAUGAGAGACCGGUGGAUGAACGUGGGCCACGAGGAGGAGGAGCUCAAGCCCUACAUUGAGCCCCAGCCAGACUACAAGGACCCUAAGAGGACAGGUACACACACACGCAUAGGCAGCGGCCGUAAACACAACUUGAUGGUUCAGAUGGGCUUCUCGGAGGAAGAGAUCAAGGAUUCGCUGGUGAAUCAGAAGUACAACGACGUGAUGGCGACGUACCUGCUGCUGGACUAUAGGAACUCUGAGCUGGACGACGGUUUAAUCAAGCCCCGCCCAGGAAGUGAUGUAAGCAACAUAAACGCACCCUCCCCGCCCCAUAAGGUACAGCGCAGCGUGUCAUCAAACCAAAAACCCCGCAGAGCCACGGACCAGGGUACCUCCUACAAGCGGGGGGGCACGCAGGGGGAGAACCGCAGCGGGACCACCGACGAGGCCGGCAGGAAGUCGUCGUCGGGCAGCUCCACCAAUAAGGUGCCGGCCAGCCCCCUGCCGCCCACCGACCGCAAGAAGAGCGCCACGCCCUCCACCAAUAGCAUCCUGUCCACGGGUACGGGCCGCAGUAGGAACUCGCCCCUCGCGGAGAGAGCCACACUGGGCCAGGGCAUCCAGAACGGCAAGGACAGCCUAAACACUCCGGGCUCCCGUGCAUCCACUGCCUCCGCUGCUGCCGUUCUCUCCUCCUCCUCUUCCUCCUCGCGCUCCCGCCACCACAAGUCCCUCUCCUCCUCCAACCAUCCAUGUCCCUCUGACGUGCACGCACCCAGGGCCAGUGUCCCGGCCCAGCGGCCCCCCGGCGCCUCCCCGUCCGCCCACAACAUCAGCGGCAGCACGGGCGCCGCCGGCGACCGCGCCAACUUCUCGCGCGGCGUGGGCAUCCGCAGCACCUUCCACGCCGGGCAGCAGCGCGGCGCCCGCGACCAGCAGGGCUCCGCCUACCCCGGCGGCCCCGCCUCCCCCUCGCUGUCGCACGGCAACAGCCAGGCGCGGCGCACGCACGGCGCCACGGGCAUCUUCAGCAAGUUCACCUCCAAGUUCGUACGCAGAAAUCUCUCGUUCAGGUUCCCAAGAAGUCCGUAUGAGGGAGAGGGUCGGGAAGAGGGGAGCAGGUCGAUGCUGAGCAGUACGGUGGACAAGUCUGAGAAGACGUCCGGCGGCGUCCUCUCCUCGUCCUCCAACAACGACGAGAACAACUCCUCGCCCGGCUCCGGGAACACGGGCGGCACCGGUACCCCCCCGGCCCCGGGCACCAUGGGCCCCGGGGGCCUGACCCCGGCCUCCAAAGACCUGUCCAACAAGCCGCGCUCGCUGCGCUUCACGUGGAGCAUGAAGACCACGUCGUCCAUGGAGCCCGGCGAGAUGAUGCGGGAGAUCCGCAAGGUGCUGGACUCCAACGGCUGCGAGUACGAGGCGCGCGAGCGCUACAUGCUGCUCUGCGUGUCGGGGAACCCGGCGCGCGACGACUUCGUCCAGUGGGAGAUGGAGGUGUGCAAGCUGCCGCGCCUCUCGCUCAACGGCGUGCGCUUCAAGCGCAUCUCCGGCACCUCCAUCGCCUUCAAGAACAUCGCCUCCAAGGUGGCCAACGAGCUGAAGCUGUGAGCCGCCAUGACACCCGACAUCCUCGAUGGGGUGGGAGAGGGCGAGGGGGACCUCAU